AUGCAGGCUGUGUCAAAGUGGUCACAGUCACGCACCAGCACUCGACCUCACUGUGAAGUUGCAUGGGAGGGUGGGAGGUUAAUCCUGGACCUUGAACCACUCAGAGGCCGCCAUGGCAACGGGGAGACAAUGUCCUUGAUCCACCCGGACAUUGUCAAAUAUCAGCAUGCAGACGGCAGCCGUGGUCUGGCCCGAAGUCCAGGAUUACCUUACUCGACUGUGCGCAGGCUGUCAAUCCAACUGUCGGUCUGCACUCUGCAGAGGGCAACAAUCAAAAGGAAAUGGAAAGGAAAUGCUGUAGACAGUACAAGAUCGCAAGUACCGCCCACCGGGGACUCCACCCACGUCAAUCUGGCUCGGGUCCGCAAGGAUACCUCCCCCCGUGUACCUCCACCUCUCGCGACUCAGUCACUCGCCAGAGUCGACAGGACGCACACCAUUUGCACCAGUAACAACGCAUCUACGGCACCCACAAAAGUCUCUCAACCGUCAAAAAAGCUGUCGGGUUCCUGCCUGCUCGCCCUGCCCAUCGCCGCCUGUCCAGCUGUGAUUGUCACCACACUUCAGCUGAGAUCAACGGCCCGGCGUCGAACCAGGCCCGGGUUUACUAUCGGCCGCCCGCUCACUGCCUCACUCGGACCCAUCGGAGUGUCAUUUCCCGUCCCCUCACUCACUCUCACUGCACCUGAGACUCUGAUCCACACCUCUACGAUGGUCGAGCACCGUCAGACUCACCACGAACUGGAGGGCACGUCAAUUGAAACGCCCCGGCCGUUUCUGAUUGUUUCUCGCGCUGAGGACUUUGGAGGCCUGCCGUCAUUGCACAUCAUCCAACUAACCUUAUCCUGUGAUGCGACGGUUCCUCGAACACGCCUCUUUUCUUCUUCCUCUCACAAUUGUUCAAUGCUGCCGCAUUUCAUCUCAUCCGAACAGCGAGUCCGCAACGCGAGACGUAGUAACCGCCGCGAUGACCUCAGUAAGCGCCUGCACCAAACACGACCAAUCGCCAUGACGGCAUCAUUUCCUCGGCUCACUCUCGUUGAGGUAACUUCUCGUCCUCAACCUCUUCCAGUAUAUCUUUGCAGUGUCAGUGCACUUGGCUCUGGUCAUCCGAAGCAAUGGCACAUGAUUAUUCUUGCCAUCUGUCCCGGGCACAAUGACGUCCAGCCAGCCGCAGCACCUUCAUCCCAUCUUCACGACCCGAGUCAUCCUCACCCGCCCUUAUCUUUUCUUGGUAACCACAUGCUGAGAAGACCCGCGAACAUGGCUGUCGGCGACCUCGGGGUCAUCAUCAACACCAACGUUUCUGAAGCUCCUGAAGUUCCUGGGUUCUGGCCCCAGCCUCCUCAGAACACUUCUCGGCAAGUGCCUUCCAAUGGUGUCGAUAAGCGCUGCACCAACCCGAGCCAGGUGCAACGCCUCUUUCGCAUUGCGGUGGCUGAAAACCACUACCGACCGAGCUCCCAAGACGCGAAUGUCAAGGCGUCUCUAACGACUAGCGGGACACGGCAAUGGGCUAGACACAUCACCACGAGCUGUCAGAGUCGGCCACCGAAACUUGCAUUGGCAGGAAGCGGCGCCUUCGUUGAGGAAUUCAAUCCAUCUCUCAUGUUUCUGGUGAACAACGAAUCAGCCUACAUCUUCGCCAUAUUCCAGAGCAGUUUGAAGUGUUUCAGAGUAUCCCGCAGCAUCAGCAUUGAUAACUAUUGGCUCUGGUCGAGGACCUACUUCAUGGCCGUACCCAGUAUCAGCUGUCGCGACAUCGUCGCCAGGGCCACAGUGAAUGGUACUACCGGCACUGCCAGAACCUCUCAGGUGCGGCUCUCCUCAGGUGAUAAUGACAAUAAUGACAUCGAAUAUGAGACAUGCCUGGCCAACAUUCCAUCCAAGUCGCGGAAGCAAGUCGAGCAAGACUAG